AUGACCUUCGAUGCUGAAGAUAUAGAGGAAGACAUGGAAGAUCACAACGACCCCUUGGUCCUCAUCCUACCAGUGGUUGGGUGCAACAUCAGGAAGAUCCUUAUCGACGGAGGAAGUUCAGUUAAUGUUCUGUUCUAUGACACAUUUAAACGGAUGGAUUUGAACGACAAGCAACUCAUGUCCUCUUAUUACACCAUAUACGGAUUCAAUGGGGCACCAACGAAGCCCUGGGAUAUCGUUUUGCAAGUAGAUGCAGGACCAAUGAAGCUUGAUACUCGAUUCAGCAUAGUAGACGCUCCCUCCCCCUACAACGCUAUCAUCGUCCGACGAUGGGUGCACCAGCUCAAAGGAGUGGCAGCGACCUAUCAUCAAUACCUUCGAUUUCCAACACCCGAAGGGGUAAUAGAAAUAAAGAGAGAUCAGGUUACCGCCCGAGAAUUUCAAGCUAUGCAAAACUAA